UUUAGAGAAGCCGACGGAUCGGGCUCAGUCGGGGCCGGGACGCUCGUUGAAGGAAGAGUUUCGAACUUGAUAGUAACGUUUGAGGCGCAGGCAUCAGCUGCGUUUUGAAGUAGCUCACGGAGGACGGUCCUGUAGGAAACCAGUCUGUCAGCAGAUCGCAAAAGAGAAAAAAGAUAGGGGUAAGCAUAUAAGCUAGAGGUUAUGCAUACCAUUCUCCAGAGUAUCGAGCCAACACUUUAUCUAUGAGAGCGCGGGUGUUGACAGUUACAGCCUCUUCGUCGUUCCCAGAGCCCAAAGUCCGUGCCUUCAAGGCGUUAAAAUCGAUUGUCGACAUGACGACGAAAGUGAGCGCGGGAUUAAAUCAUAAAGAGUUGGAGGAAAUCUUCAAGCAUAGUUCUUGCAUUAGCAAGCUCCAAAUAGUUCAAUAUAACGGUGCACUCCGCGUUGAGUGAGAAGAUAGUAAGGGUAUAUAGGCUCUGAUAUCAAGCUGUUUCUAGGCGGCCAUAUUAUUAUGACCUUGCUGUGGACGGCGACGGAUGUUUGACUUAUGGUGCAAGUAAGAGAGGAAAAUCCCGAACGAAAGUGGCAAAGCAAGGAACUCCGCCUUGCACCGCUCCCAACCAGUCUAUUAUUUCAAAGCAGCCUCCAACCCGCGAAGUUGUUGUUGCUGUGUUAAAGAAACCGAUACGAGUGUUGCGGAGCUGCGGAGUUGGUUUGUACAGCCCCCUAUAGUUAACUACCUCACGUGACUGAAAUACGGCAGGCCAGUAUCACCAAUCCCGCACUCUGUAAGCCGCAACGGGGAAAAAUGAAAGCCGUGGCGUAUAGUUAUUAUUUAUAUGGGUAUGGUAUGGGGAUAUAGGGGACUUCGUCUGUUUCGGAGAUCUCGUUGCUCCUUGUGACUAUUCAUUCACCGACCCUAAAGCCCUCCACGUUUUAUCCUCAUCUUCUGCAAACUACAGUAUUGCUCCGCACUAUCUAUGACUUCUAGGUCUCGCUCGUUGCGUGCAUCUCGGAAAGCGGUCUUGUGCGCAUCACGGACUGCCUCCUCCGCUCCUUAUUCCAGAUGUCAGCAUGGCAGUUGACCCCCUUUCUCCUAUCGCACCGGCGCGCUUACGAGCUCUACUGCUACCGGUGGGAAAGAUAAAGCGAUCCAGGUUUUUAAAUCUGGUCAAGCGCCUUCAAGCUCAAAAUGUCGUGCGUUUGGGCGAUGUUAGUCCUGAUGGACGCCCCAAUAGAAAUUCAUUCUCCCCAAUGGCUUUUCCGACAGGCAUGGUAGUUUACGACCUAUCAAUAUCAGUCCCUCCGAUUUCCCAUCUUGACCUGUAUCCGUUCGAAAUAUUCAGAGAGCCUCUUGCUAUAAUAGCUAUUGCGGACGGAGCGGAGUUACCUAACGAGCCUACGGGGACAGAGCCAUCCUCACAAGCUCAAUCGAAUGGCACCAAGGUUCGCAAAUACCCCAGAGUAGAGGGUCUCAAGGGGCUCCAGCAGGAGUUAAAUGCGCUCAAGGACAGCUAUCCCAGAUCCCUUGUUCAGCAGCUACUGAUAUUCGAUUAUGCCGGCGUGGAAAAUCUUAUUACGGGGCCUGAUACCGUGGUAUGGGUUCCGCGCCCUGAAGCUGCAAGAUCAACGGCGGUGAAGACGGUGAUGUGUGACAUAACUUCGCGACUACUUGGAGAACUAUCUGGACUUGCCGAAAGAAUGCAGGAAUGGCCAACUGUUGAAUCCCCGAAGGCCUCAUCUUGGGGCCCGCGACGAACACCUGAUGUUCGUCCAGCAGCCCCUGACAAGUUACAGCACAGAAUGACUAUGCCCGCGCAGAUGCCAGGGGCUAACGGAACAUUCAUCAAUGCCUCUGAUACCAAUUUUCAACCAGCUGAGCAUGACUCUCCAACCACUUUUGAUGAAAUCACCCGAUCCAUUCAGCUUUCCAAUCGUGUAACGUCUUCGAUAAAGUCCUCCCCGAAGCCAGGUUCGAAGGAACACAGCCGUGAGAGAAUGUCGGUACAUGGACUCGGGUUUGUUGGUGCAAGUGAGAGAAGCAAGAACCGAGUCAAAGGCCGUUUGAAUAUAGUCAUGGGUACCUUGUUUCUUCAGGCUGGUCGAUGGCCUGAUUCGCUUAAGGAACUGGCUGAAGGCGCAGCAAUAGCGAGAGCAAACAGCGAUUAUAUCUGGCAUGCAAAAGCGCUCGAGUCGAUAUUGCAGUGCCUCCUAAUGCUUGGAUGGGCUGGGAUGGACUUUAGGAUUCCACAAAUUUGUUAUCCAUCAGCAGAUAAAUUUUCAAAGUCCGUUUCUCAAACACCAUCUAUGAGCCUCACAGAACUCUACAACAUCGGGCAAUCAAAUCCCGAAAGCCGCAUCGUUUCACUUCAGAACCUAGCAAAUCUCCUUCCUGAUCUCUCAAAUAAUAUCCUGCAUCUUUAUACUCGAGCAGCGAAUAUUACAGACGAGCCAGUCCCACAACUAGUAUUUUCAGAAACCGUAAUACGGCUCGCGCGUAUCCUCGCUACGAUUUAUAUUCGCGAUGGCUCUCUUGACGAUAAUGCUCUAGGAAACAUUGUCAUGAAUGAUUUGUUGAAGUUUGUCCGUUCACCAGAACGCCCCCGAGGUGCCGUGUCACUGCGCAAGUCAGAUAUAGCAAGCUUUUUGUUCCGUGCUUUACCCCAUUCGCUAGGCACCGAUGUUCCAGUUACUGAUUCCUCUCCGAUUUUGGUUGGCAUGGCAUCCGUACUAUCAUCAUUAGGUUUAGAUCGGAAAAAGGCGUUUGUAUUGCAACAACUAUUUACUAUUUUAAUUCCAGGGUUGGUCCAGGCGCGAAAGAUUGGAGCCGCGGAAGUCGGAAUUCACCCGGCUGCGGGUUUAUCAAGUCUCAACCAUUCAGCUUUUGAAAUAAAUGCUUUGGAUAUCGGCCCCGAAAAUAUGGAUGAGAGCGUUAGGAUUUUGCUGGCUGUGGUGGGUACAACCUACGGUGUGCCGGGCACAAUGAUGUGCGACGACAAACAACAAGGCCUUUCCAGGCAAAACUCAUCUACCACCCGCGAUAUUGUACCGGAGUACGACUCUGUCGAUUCAAUAGUUGACAGAGCAUUUCGCCAUUCGGCAAUACAUGGGUUCGGGGAUCAUUCUUUAAAAGUCGAAAUUCUUAAGGCGUGCAUUAAUUUCUGCGAAGCGCUGCCUGACUUCCAAGGUGUUCUGCAAUUUACAGUUGACCUCCUUCAAACAAUCAAAGGCACUCUUAUGCUUCCUCCGGACAGCUAUCGCGGUCACCCUCUCUUGCCCAUUCAGGAUCAGGUGCGGCUGUUUAACAACGUGAAACGAACCGUUGCAGCAGCCAAGAAGCUUGGCGAUUCUCACCUCGAAGCCGAAUAUUGGGAUGAUUUCCUGGUGCGCGGUGUAGAACUUGUCAAUCUUUCUGAUUUCAAAGAACCUAUCAGACGAUCGAGAACGGACUUUGGCUUCGCCAACGUCGAGGAACGCCUGGAGAAAAAGAACCCGUUUAUAUACAGUGCUUUCUCGAAGACUACAACGAGACGCUCGGAGAAUAUCCUGAUCGCUGAAGAACAGGCAACUUUCAAAGUCACGCUACAAAACCCUUUCGAGUUCGAUGUGGAAAUUGAGAGGUUGCGCAUAGAUGGCACUGGCGUUUCUUUCGAAGCAGCAGCUACCUAUGGACUCUGGCUUGCGCCAUUCACAACUCAGGAUUACUUUAUUUCCGGCCUUGCAACCACUGAAGGCACGCUGGAAAUAACGGGAUGUACAGUCAAGGUCAAAUUUUGCCGUGAAAGAAGGUUUCCUAUAUUCAAAAACUUCUGGAAACCGCAGAAGGAACAGAAGAUAAAACGAACAGGGCUUGCUGCAAAGGAACCGUUUUCAGAACGUCCUUUAUCAUGGAGCUCAAAUGCUUCGGGCAGCCGGUCAGGAGCUAUUCAAAAAGGUCCGGAGCGGGAUAUUGUACACGCGAAAGUUAUCAAAAAGCAGCCAACAGUAAUCAUCCAGUCAACAUCACUGUCACAAUCGGCCAUCAUGCUGCUGGAAGGGGAGACUAGAUCAUUUGAUAUUACGCUCCAGAACAUAUCGACCUGCCCGCUGGAUUUCAUAUCAUUCAGCUUUGAGGACUCUACAACCCGCCAGCUCGAAUCAGCUCUAACCAACAAAGAAAAUCUGCCGACUGAUAUAUACGAAUUAGAGUUACGGCUCUCUACAAACCCAGCCUUGUCAUGGCGGCGUGAUAAUCUCAGCCAGAGUCAACUCUCGAUCGCUGCAGGAGAAACCGCAACUUUCACGAUUGAUGUAUAUGGAAAGCCAGGCCUUGAUAAUGCCCUGGUCAAGAUUGACUAUGCGCACGUUUGUACCUCGUUGUCGGAUCUCCCCGAAACAUUCUACUGCAGACAGAUAUCCUUACCGUUGACUGUCACGGUUAAUACCAGUGUUGAUGUCACAAGAUGCGAUGUUCUACCACUUACGGGUGAUUUCGCAUGGGCCAAUAAUAAGCUGCAGCAUGGCGAAGAUUCGCGCGCGGCAACUGGGGACAAGGAAUCUAUUAAAUCAAUGGAGCUCUCGUCGACACCUCGAUCCAUCACGCAACUCAGGGAAACGCAAUUUUCACAUACUUUAUCCCGCCUCGAUCUCGAUUCCUGCGGGUUCGGCCAUUGCGUCUUACUUCUAGAUUUGCGUAAUGCAUGGCCAAACCCUCUAACCGUUUCUCUAUUUGUAGACGAAAGGAGUUCGGAUGACGUGACAAAUACUGAUAACCGACCGCGACAAGAUAUGAUUGGCAUCCAUGAGGUAUACGACGAACUCCAGCCGGGUCAUGCUUCGCGGUUUGUUCUUGUCGUUCCCCGCGUUUACCUAGAGAAUCCGGAGAAACCCAUCCCAUCUUUAAAUGUGAGCAAUAAGCGCCAAUUUGUCGUCAGUGCGAAUAAGCUCAGUUACGAGGCAGAAUCGUCCGCGAGGGAAGUCUUUUGGUUCCGGGAAGAACUUCUCAAGCGCCUGCGCGGGUCGUGGAAAGACGAAACGACGGGUCGUGAAGGCGCAGUUGACCUGCGCGCCAUCCGUCUGAAUGCACGGAUGGUCGACGCGCUCCGGGUUGAGAGUGUCGACGUCACUUUCUCUCUACGCCCGUACGCAUCAGGUAUUGCUAGUGACGAUAACACUAGCGAAACGGAUAACGAGAGCGUCACCCAAAUGGGCCACUCCAAAUUCAUCGUAAGAACAAACACCUUCCUCACCCUCUCCGCCACAAUAAUAAACCGGUCUUCCAAACCCAUUCACCCGCUCCUCCGCCUCCAGCCUAGCCUACGCCAUACGCCGCAUGCCGUCGCCCUUGAUCUCUCCAAGCGCCUCGCGUGGUCUGGGAUGCUACAGCGCGCCCUCCCCAUUCUCGAGCCAUAUCAAACCACCGAGGUAACGCUGGGUAUCACAGCGCUGUGUCGUGGGGAUUAUGAGAUCAGCGCCAGCGUGGAGGAGAUCCGACGCUUGAAGCAGCACUCUGCUGCUCCAGGGGCUACUGUGGGCCAAGGACAAGAGGCUGCCGAAGACGUGAAUGGUGAUGUUGUUGCUGCUGCUGCGGCGGACCCAUAUUUCGAUAAUUUCUUUAUUACCAAUACACCGAAGCACAGACGAAUAUGGCAUUCACGCGUACCUUGUAUGAUAUCUGCUCGCGAUUGAACAUAGGAUAAAUAUAUUUUUUAGCGGAUUGAUUGUCAUCUUCUUUUUACUUUAAAGGCUGGGCUGGGUUUACUUCAAAAAAAAAAAAAAAAAAAAAAA